AUGAUUUUCACCAGAGGUCACAGACGGCUCCAGAGAUGUUGUCUUGUCUCCCAUGGCUUCUUCAGGGUGGAUAUGAGAGUGGAUGAUACGGUCCACGGAGAUCCCCACGAACCGGUCAAGGUUGCUGUGGUCCAAGCCGAACCAUGCUGGUUCGACGUUGAAGCUGCAACUCAAAAGACAUGCGACCUGAUCGCUGAAGCUGGCGCGAACAGCGCAAAGCUCAUUGCCUUCCCCGAGCUAUGGAUCCCUGGCUACCCCAACUUCAUACACGCCAUGGCUGCGAAGGAGACCUUCCUGUACAACAUCAAAUACUACCGCAAUUCCAUCGACAUCGAGUCCAAACGCAUGGAGAAAAUCCGUCUGGCAGUCAAGAAAGCUCAGAUUAUGUGUUUGUUGGGGAUUUCGGAGCGCCACCGUGGAAGCUUGUACAUGGCGCAGACUUUCAUUGGUCCACACGGAGACAUUCUGCUGCAUCGAAGGAAGUUCAAGCCUACAGCCCAGGAGAGAAUCCUUUUCGGCGACGCAUCUGGAGACUGCACCAUGAACGUCGUUUCCACACCUAUCGGUCCCCCUCUUAAGUACAACACGUACUUCCAGGGAGAGCAGAUCCACGUCGCAUCUUGGCCAAUUCUCUUUCCGCCUGUCGGCAAGAUGCCCUUCUUCAACACUGUCGAAUCUUGCACCAUGGCUACGCAUACCAUGGCUGUCGAAGGUGCUACCUUUGUCCUUCUGGCAUCUUCAACUCAGACAGAAAAGGGGCUCGUCGCCAACGGUCUCAUCCCAAGCCAAGACACGGAUGAUGCCAAGAAUCCUCCUGUCGAGACCCAAGAGAGACCUCACACCGCAGUCAUUGGAGGAGGUUUCUCUGAGAUUAUUGCACCGGACGGUCGCACCCUCGUCAAGGCCCCUAAUUACAUGGCCAAGAGUAUUGUCGACACCGUUGGUCAGUACUCUCGGCCAGACAUCUUUACCCUGCAAGUAAGGGGUCAUGUCCGGUGCCAGUGCGAGUACACCGAGCCUGGCGAAUUCAACCAUGCCUCGCGGAGAGGGACGGAUCCAGCAUGGCAAAAUUAA